UCCGUUAAACAGAGCGCUCUGCUCUCAGCUCUCUCUGCCCUUCUAUUUACUCUGAAUCACUGCCAUUUCUGGUUGCUCUGACAAAAACCAAAAAGAUUUUGAUUUUUCAUGGAAUUAGGAUUAGGGUUUUAGCAUUGUACAAAAAAGAAAUGAAGCAGUCGUACAACUACAAUCACCAGAUUCAUCAGUCUCACAGAAGCGCAUUUGCUGCGCUUUUCCUUCUUCUCUUGCCAAUUUUUCUCCCAAAUCUAUUCGCCCCUCUUGGACGCGCCUCUCCCUCUUUGUUCUCCGAAUGGAAUGCUCCGAAACCAAGGCACUUGCCUUUAGUUGAGGUCUCUUUACACCGUAAAAGUUCUUUUAAACAACAGUCCGAUCUCUGGUCUCCUUUGCCAAAUCAAGGGUGGAAACCAUGUAUCGACUCUGCAAAUAUCCCACUAUUGCCAGAGAAAUCUCAGGGGUAUAUUCAGGUAUUCCUUGAUGGAGGAUUGAACCAGCAAAGAAUGGGGAUAUGUGAUGCAGUUGCCGUAGCUAAAGUAUUGAAUGCGACACUGGUGAUACCACACCUUGAAGUGAAUCCUGUUUGGCAAGAUUCAAGUUCAUUCACUGAUAUAUUUGAUGUGGAUCACUUUAUUAACGUCCUCCGUGAUGAAGUUUCUAUAGUUAAAGAGCUGCCAAGAGAGUACUCUUGGAGCACACGGGAAUAUUAUGCUACAGGUAUAAGAGCUACUAGAAUCAAAACAGCACCUGUUCACGCUUCAGCAAACUGGUAUCUAGAAAAUGUGUUGCCUGUCUUGCAAAGUUAUGGGAUUGCUGCUAUUUCACCAUUCUCUCAUCGUCUAGCGUUUGACAAAUUGCCUAUGAAAAUUCAGCAUUUACGUUGUAAAGUAAACUUCCAAGCUUUAGUUUUUGUUCCUCAGAUCAGAUCAAUAGGAGAGACUCUUGUUCAUCAGCUCCGUUAUCCUUCUGGGAAACUUCAAGCAUCAGCGGUUGAGGUCCUACGUGGGAGAAUUGAUGAUACUGAGAAAGAGGGAGCUGGAAAGUUUGUUGUAUUACAUCUUCGCUUUGACAAAGAUAUGGCUGCUCAUUCAGCUUGUGAUUUUGGUGGAGGCAAAGCUGAGAAACUGGCCCUAGCUAAGUACCGCCAAGUUUUAUGGCAGGGAAGGGUCUUAAACUCUCAAUUCACUGACAAGGAGUUGAGAAAUCAGGGGCGCUGCCCAUUGACUCCAGAGGAGAUUGGAUUGCUGCUAGCAGCUUUGGGCUUCAACAAUAGUACUCGACUUUAUCUUGCUUCACACAAGGUUUAUGGAGGAGAGGCAAGGAUCUCAACAUUGCGUAAACUGUUUCCGCUAAUGGAAGAUAAGAAGAGCCUCGCUUCGGUGAAGGAGCUAGCUGAGAUUGAAGGCAAGGCUUCUUUGUUGGCUGCAGUAGAUUAUUAUGUAAGUCUGCAAAGCGACAUCUUCAUCUCUGCUUCUCCUGGAAACAUGCACAAUGCUCUGGUUGGACAUCGAGCUUACUUGAACUUGAAGACCAUAAGACCAAACAUGUUACUGUUGGGCCCGCUGUUCCUGAACAAGAGCAUGGAGUGGUCUGAGUUUCAGCAUGCAGUUAUCAACCGCCAUAAAAAUAGACAAGGGCAAAUAAGGUUAAGAAAGGAAGAGCAAUCCAUAUAUACGUAUCCUGCUCCAGAUUGCAUGUGUCGAGCUUAACUUCAUAAUUAUCACGAUAUGAAGCUAUUUUUAUGUUUGCCAAGAUUGUGAUAUUUCAAUGAUAUAUAUUCAGCAUUUUGUUAGCUCA